UCCCCUCCCAGCACUCGGGACUACCGCAGUUACCAAGGGGAACCGAUCGUCAUCAACGCAUUCAGGGCCAUACGCGCUGCGAUCCGGACCAUCCGUAAGACGGUCCAAUCCAGCGGCUUCCAUGGCAUGCCCAUGUUCCUCUCCUUCACAGCAACACACUAUCAGAAGUACUUCUUCCCGGGCGAUUCCAAGAGUAAUUGCAUUGGUGCUGACAAGCCCGUGGGAGACGAUGUGGUGGCGUAUGCGGAGAAGAAAAGCUUCUCUAUGAAGCUCCGGGAUCAGCUGCGCUGG